GGCGGCUGGGGCCGCAGUGGCAGCCGUGGCUGCCCGAGCGGCGGCGGGGGUGGGCGGCCGGGUACGCGGGUCGGGUAGCGCCGGGCCGAGCGCGGAGCCAUGCGCCGGGCUGGGACCGGGGCCGGGGGCGCGGCGGUGGUGGUGGCGGUGGCGGUGCCGCUGCUGCUGCUGCUGCUGCUCGCUCGGUCCCCGCCUGCCGCCGCCGGCGACGGCAAAAAGAGCGAUGCCAGGCUGGUGUCGGAGCAGUUUUCGCAGGCCCCGCAGAAGCUGGCUUUCUACAGCUGGUAUGGCAGCGCCAGGCUCUUCCACUUCCAGGUGCCCCCAGACACAGUGCUGCUGCGCUGGCUGCUGCAGGUGUCCAGGGGCAGUGGCCCUACCUGCACCAACAUGGAGAUCACUGUGUACUUCCGCUAUGGUGCCCCUCCCGUCAUCAACCCACUGGGCACCAGCUUCCCUGACAACACCUCCGUUCAGCCCUCCUUCCUCCUCAAGAUGCUGCACAGCAACGCCUCUGUCAACAUCUCCCACCCAGCACCCGGGGACUGGUUUGUGGCCGCCCACCUGCCCCCCUCAUCCCAUAAGAUUGAGGUGAAGGGCUUUGUUCCCACCUGUGCCUACAUCUUCCAGCCUGACAUGCUGGUCGUGCGAGUGGUCGAGGUCUCCAUCCUGGAGCCUGACGUGCCCUUUCCACAGACCCUCCUCUCCCACCCCAGCUACCUCAAAGUCUUCGUCCCCGAGUACACCCAAGAGCUGCGGCUGGAGCUGCAGGGCUGUGCAUCCAACGGGAGCCUGGGCUGCCCUGUGCGCCUCACCGUGGGCUCGGCCACCCUGCCUGGAAACUUCCAGAAAGUGCUCACUUGCAGCGGCCCCACCCAGGCCUGCCGCCUGCUGCUGCCCUCACCACCCUGGGACCGGUGGCUGCAAGUGACGGCCAAGAGCCUCGCAGGGCCCCGUGUGUCUGUGGCUUUCAGUGCUGUGGCUGCCCUCACAGCCUGCAGGCCGUGGAGUGUGAACUUCCAGCACCUUCUGCAGAGCAGCCCAAACCAGAGCAGCAACGCCUCCACCGGUCUGCUUCCCCCGACCCCCAGCUACCAGGACCUGGACCGGAGGGGCAGGGUGGGCGGCAGCCCCUUCUGCCUCAGGAGCUUCCCCGUCCUGCGGGAAGACGUGGACGUGGUAUCCGUGCGCUUCCAGCCCCUGGACAGGGUCUCGGUGCUCGUGCAGUCAGACAUGCCCUCAGUGAUGCGGCUGAACCUCAACACGGGCAUGGACAGCGGGGGCUCCCUCACCAUCUCCAUGCGGGUCAACAAGACUGCGAUUGCCAACACCUCAGUGGUAGCCUGUGUGACUGCUGCCUCACCCUUGCUCAGCUUCAACGCUUCGCUCAGCUGCACCACAGGUAUAGGUGGCAUCCGGCCCCGGGACCAGCAGGCCCUCUGGCUCCCUAUGACCAGGCCUUCCUCCUCCCCUGCAGCCUUCUUCCAGGGCCACCCCCUGUCUCUGAGUGCCUCUUCUCCCACGGCCAACCUCAUCAUCCCCUACCCAGAGACAGACAACUGGUACCUCUCCCUGCAGCUCAUGUGCCCCGAGAGACCUGAGGAGUGUGAGCAGGCCUCGGUCCUCGUGGAGACCACCUUGUACUUGGUGCCCUGCUUGAACGAUUGUGGACCCUACGGCCAGUGCCUCCUGCUGCGCAGACAUGGCUACCUGUAUGCGGGCUGCAGCUGCAAGGCAGGCUGGCGUGGGUGGAGCUGCACAGACAACAGCACAGCCCAGACGGCGGCCCAGCAGAAGGCGGCCGCCCUCUUGCUUACCCUGAGCAACCUCGUGUUCCUGGCCCCCAUCGCCAUCUCCGUGCACCGCUCCCUCCUGGUGGAGGCCUCCGUCUACGCCUACACCAUGUUCUUCUCCACGUUCUACCACGCCUGCGACCAGCCGGGUGAAGCGGUGCUGUGCAUCCUCAACUAUGACACACUGCAGUACUGCGACUUCCUGGGCUCCGGAGUGUCCAUCUGGGUCACCAUCCUUUGCAUGGCCCGGCUGAAGGCCGCCCUGAAAUACGUUCUGUUUCUCCUGGGCGCUCUGGUCUUCGCCAUGUCCUUGCAGCUGGACCGCAGGGCUGCCUGGAACACAAUGGGGCCUUGCCUCUUUGCCAUUGUGGUCAUGGUCACCAUGUGGGUGUACCGCUGUGGGCGCCGGCGCCACUGCUACCCCCCAUCCUGGCAGCGCUGGGUCUUCUACCUCCUGCCCGGCAUCUCCCUGGCCGCUGUGGCCAUCACCAUCUACACUUCCAUGAUGACCAGCGACAACUAUUACUACACCCACAGCAUCUGGCACAUGCUGCUGGCAGGGAGCGCAGCCUUCUUGCUGCCACCACGUGAACAGCACACCAAGCCUUGGGCCUGCUCCCAGAAGCUCACCUGCCACUAUGAGAUCUGCAAGAACCACCAGGACGAGUUGUACACAGUGACAUGACACAGCCAGCUUGGGGACACCUGCAGCUUUGAUGAUCUCUCCAGCCAGGGGCAGGACCAAGGGAGAGGGACCCUGUCCAGAUCCAUUUCCAACUGAAUAAAAUUGCCCUGAGCACUC